AUGGCCACCAAGCCUGCUGGCACAAGGAGCACUGACGGCUGUUGGACCUGUCGUCUGAGAAGAAAGAAGUGCGAUGAGACCCCUCCGGUGUGCCAGACAUGCACCAGCCUGGGCAUAACAUGCCACGGGUACGGGGUGCGACCCUCCUGGAUGGAUCGAGGACCCCUCGAGAAGGAAAAGGCGCAAAGCAUCAAACUAGAGAUAGCUCGCAAUGGCAUCAAAAGGAAGCGGCCCCGCUUGUUCAGCACAACGUCUGCAACUAGCGCUGAGGCAAGCUCCGGGACCGGGGCCGGGGCCGACAACAGCAACAGAGACGCUGCCCAGCUCGAGACGGCACUUUGCUUGUCGAAAUACCUUCCCAAUGGACUGCAAACCGUCAUGAAUGACGAAUUUGAUGAUGACUUCAGCCUCUCCAGCAUGGCAAUGCACCACCAGACGACAACUGACACGAUGAUCGAACGGAUGAGUGUCGUUGGACGGGAAAUAUCUCCAUCAGAGGUCUUGUCGCCUGACGGCAGCGAGAUGGACCGGUACUCUCUUCCUGUAGAUCCUUUGCUUCACUUGGGCCACGGAUGGGACAGUUCUGACUCUGCCUUCGACUACGAGGCGUGCAUGCAAAUGGGCUCCUUUCUUCCCAUGGAGACACCCGCGUCUUUACCAGAAGUCCUCCACAGGGUCGGCCAGUCCGGGUCUUCGGACGCCCCGUCUUGCUACUCUGGCAGGUCAUCUGGGACAAACAACAGCGGCUCAAGCACGACGUCCGGGGAGAUUCCUCUGAGAGACGCAAUCUCCCUGUCAAGUUACCUGGACGAGACACUCUCUGCCCAAUUUCCCUUUCGUCGUUCCUCCGACGUCAGCUGCCGGCAGUGGCUCGAAUUCUUACUCUUCAGUUCAAAGCACGUCCUCGGGGUUACAUUGCUGCUGAGCAGAGCGCCUGACAGCGCGAGCGAGAACCCAGACUCAGCCCAGGAGAAGUGGAACGAAAACCAGGUUUUGCGAGCGAUGGCUGUACUCAGAUCCCUUCCGUCUGCAACCUCAUCCUUAUCCAUGCUUGAUGAGGAACUCAAGGCGUCUCAUAUUAUCACAACAUGCGCCUGUGUAUUGCAGACAAUAUUUCUAGAGGUUCAUCUUGGUGGAACUUCGCAGUGGACUAGUUGUUUAGAGCAAGUAGCACCGUACAUGCAUGCACUCAUCAACCUCGUCGUCUGUUCAGCAAACAAUAGCAGCAACGAUCUGAACACCACGGCAGAGAGUACAGUAGUCCUUCGGGUUCAGACGGCCGCAGCAAAGGCUUUGCUCGGCCAAUUGGCCUGGUUUGACAUCAUCGGGCUUGUUUCCACCGGAUGCGGGCCAUCCCUCGGUACAAAUCACCCUUUCCUACUAGAUUCCAAUGCAUUUGAUCUGAAAGAAACCUCGGGGUGCGAGAAUUGGGUUGCAAAGUCUCUGUAUGAGAUCCACCUUCUUCGGAAGUGGAAAGCCGAGGAGGAAGAUGCCCGCCGGUUGAGCAUCAUCAAGCUUGCCGAACGGGGAGCAACAAUCAUAGAGUUUCUGGGAAAGCACAUUGCUGCAACCGAUAACGAUGAAGAUGAUGAAGAUGAUGAUAUGCUCUCUCCCAAAGAGCCACAGCCAAGGGCGAUCGAUAGCGACGCAUCAUCAUCCUCGGCUGGACCCCUGGAGCAAGACAUAAAAACAAUCACCAUGGCCUAUGCUCGGGCCGCGGUUAUCUAUCUUCACGUCAUCAUCUCGGGGCCAAAUCCUCUUUUGGAGGAUAUCCGGCGAGAGACCCCACGGCUUGUCAAGGACCUCAAAGAACUUACAUCUGCAGGGCUGCUGGGUAAUGCGUCGUUUCCUCUAUGUGUAGCGGCUUGUUUUGGGGAGGAUCAGGACUUCAACUUUUUUAAGCAUUUUAUUUCAACCAAUCGGGGUACACGGCCAAAGCGUUUUGAGACUUGCGAUAAGGCCGUCAUGAUUGCAGAGGAGUGUCGCAAUCGACGACAAAAUGGCAAAAGCUGUGACUGGGUAAGCCUGACGCAGGAGGUGGGCUGGAAAUACUUGCUUGUGUAG